AUGGGGCCGUCGGGUGCCGGGAAAACAACGUUAUUAAAAUGUCUGAUCGGCCAGAAUAACCGUGGGUUAAGUACCGACACUAAGUUUUACGCAACGAAUAGAGCCCGAUAUCAGACGUGUUUUAUAAUGUCAGAGGUUUGGCAACACCUGUCGCCGGGACUAACUGUACGACAGACACUGUUAUACGCGUCGCGACUCAAGAACUCCCGGAUUUGUCUUGAAUUAAACCACAAUAAAAUUGUGACGGAUUUGAUGUCAGAGCUGGCGAUCGGCGAUACGGCAGACAAUUGGGUCGAGACGUGUAGUGGAGGCGAACAAAAACGUAUAGUAAUUGCCUGUGAAUUGACUUCACAUAUAAAGCCUAAUAUGCUAUGCAUUGACGAACCGACGAGUGGUUUGGAUAGUAAUGCCGCACAAGUGAUAAUAAACUGUUUAAAAGUGUUGUCGCGAACGCAUGGAAUGACAAUCAUUGCGUCCAUACAUCAACCAAACAACGAUUUGUUUCACACGUUUGAUAGCAUCUAUGUGUUGGCCAACGGAGGGGUUUGUCUGUAUUCAGGAGCGCCCCACCGAUUGAGACAACAUCUCGCAGACAAUGGCAUUGAAUGCCAGGAAAGUCAGGUGCCUAUCGAUGUGUUAAUGAAAGUGGCAUCGAAUACGACACAAUUGGCAAGCAUUGGUGUAAAUACCGGCCACACGUAUGACAAUGGCGUGCAUUUGAACGCAAACAUACUAUUGGCAAACAUGCGUUUAAUAGCCGACCCGUCGAGUAUAUCAAAGCGGUUCUCAGUGCGCGACACGUAUUACCUGUUGCGCCGUAUGGUAAGCCAGGGAUGGCAGCGACCGCGUCAAUGGAUGUUCCAAUUGUUGCAGUUUAUACUCUUUCAGUCAUUGGCGUUGCUUAUGGUAUACACGGCCAGCGCCGAUAUGAUAGCGCCGGAUGGUUGCCUAGAGUUGUCAUUCGGCGCCGACUGUACGCAAACCGAGCGCGACAUUUGGGACGAGAAACAAAUUAAGCUUAAUAUGAAAUUUAAUUUUCUUUUACUCUUAUCAGUGGCGUUCUUUGCGUUAAUUGUAAUGUCGGUCAAUUUUGGGGCCGAUAUGCGCGUAUUUCGCGGCCAACAACAUAAUCGCUGGUAUAGCACGGGCGCAUUUCUAUGGAGCCGUACAAUUGUCGACCUGAUACCGGUGCUCAUAUCGGUGCCAGUGUUUUGUUGGAUUGUAAACCUAUACAAUACAUAUACACACUAUAUAAUGACGGUAGCACUCAAUUUGCUAGUGAUAUUGUGUAUGCAAAGUGUGGCCCAAAUAUCGGCCCUGGCGUUCAUUAAUGAACCCAAACUGGCGCUCAUAUUAGCCCUUACGGUAUUUGUUGUGACGCUAACGUUGGGCAACAAUCUGAUCCCGGUGAAAGAGCUACAUUAUACGCUACAAGCGGUUAGCCAAGUAUCCUAUAUACGUCUGGCCUACGAAUGCCUUAUGAUUACAAUAUACGGCUUUGACCGUUGCCAGGGUGACCAGAUGUCAACUGUUCUUUUUGCUUUCUAG